AUGGCAGAACGAACACCGGCAGGCGAUAACCCAGUGCCACUUUCUCCAGACGACGCUGCUACGGCCAACAGCGCAGGUUUGACGCCAGUUGCGCCUCAGAGAAUUACCAGGUCGUCUGCCCGUCAAGCUGCCAGCCAGGUGGCCCAGACUUCGGCGGCGCCAAACGCCACGAGACCUCUCUCCGAUUCCGCCAAUCGCUCGACUUCCCCCAACACCCCUCUGCUGCCUCCUCGCAACAAGCGCAAGGCUUCAGUAGGCUCCAAGCCGCCGGCCACCAUAGCACGCCCCAGCUCCUCGGACCGGAGAUCUAAGAGGCAAAAGAUACCCGAAGACACGGCCACCGCUUUGCCUCCCAGUGCAAACACGAAAGCACCGCCUAAGGUUCGGAAAGGAAAGGCUUCUGCUAUAAUGGACGGCUCCAGUAAUCGCCCUGGUCUUAGAGAAGCCACACAUGACCAUUCGCCGUCCAACACUUCGAAUAGACGGGGCAGCCGCAGUAAAAAGUCGACCCAUAGCCCUCCAGACAUUCAGGAUGAGCAUUCCCCCCUCUCUCGACGUUCUAAGCGUCUCGCCGCCGAGGCAGAUGAAGACAUCGUCAUGGGCGGUACCGGUGGCAGCAAAGAUGAUCUUGAGUCAACCCACCAAGCCUCCACAAAGCAAACAAACAACGCCGACGAUAGCGAAGACCCCGACAAUGACGAGGACGCAGAUGAGCACCACGGCGAUGAGGAUGAGGAUGACGACGACGACGAUGACGACGACGAAAACGAUCACGGUGAUGCCUUUGGCGACAACGAUGAUGGUGACCCUUUUGGCGCAUUCGGGGCCGCAGGAUUGUCCAAUACCCUUCGUGCUCUGACAGGAAUGAUGUCGGGCUUAACGGCUCGUUUACGUGAGCUUCUUAACAGCCUUCGUCAAGAUGAUCUCUCCGUCCAGGUCAUUGCUUUGCAAGAGUUAUCUGAGCUUCUAUUGGUCUCGAACGAAGACAACCUCGCUGGACACUUCUCCCCCGAUGCUUUUGUUAGGGAGCUAGUCCAGCUGAUGAACAAGGAAGAAAGUCCAGAGGUAAUGCUCCUUGCUUGCCGCUGUCUAGCCAAUUUGAUGGAAGCUUUGCCUGCCAGCGUGGCAAAUGUUGUGUAUGGGAAUGCCGUGCCAGUGCUGUGCUCUAAGCUUCUAGAGAUUUCGUUUAUCGAUUUGGCUGAGCAAUCACUCAGCACUCUGGAAAAGAUAUCCGUCGAGUAUCCUUCCAGUAUUGUCCGUGAAGGUGGCCUCACAGCCUGUCUAUCAUAUCUCGACUUCUUUGCCACGAGCACUCAGCGAACUGCCGUAACUAUUGCGGCCAAUUGCUGCAGAAAUAUUCCUGACGAUUCCUUCCCGGUCGUUCGAGACGUCAUGCCAAUUCUUCUCAACGUCUUGGGUAGCAACGAUCAGCGCGUUGUUGAGCAAGCUUCGCUCUGUGUUUCCGGCAUUGUCGAGAGUUUCAAACACCAAUCCUCGAAGCUUGAAGAGCUUGUCAGCGUUGAUCUGCUGCGUGCUGUUUUGCGCUUGCUGGUUCCUGGAACGACUAAUCUUAUUGGGUCUAGCAUCCACACCCAGUUCCUGCGCGUCUUGGCUUUUACUGCUCGGGCCAGUCCUCAUCUUUCUGCAGAGCUCUUCAAGCUCCAUGUUGUCGAGACUCUAUACCAAAUUUUGACUGGUGUUUCCCCACCAAGUGGUACAGAGGACGUUGCAUCCAAGCUCGACAGCGUCGUCAUUAUGCAGGCCCUUAUCCACCGGCCGCGCGAACAGAUCAUUGAAACUCUGAAUGUCAUUUGCGAGCUACUUCCUGGGCUCCCCAAGGACGCCGACCCGUUGUAUGGCGAUUUUGUCGAGUUUCAUGGCCCAGUUCCAGAAUCAACCACGGCUGCAGACGACACUCAGCAGUCUCCUGCUGAAAAACGUCUAUCGCUUCUCAACGACUGCAAAGAUGAAGUUAGACGUUUCGCUUUGAUCAUAUUCCCUACCCUGACGGACGUCUUUUCAAGCACAGUCAACUUGAGCGUUCGGCAAAAAGUUCUCCAAGCACAGAUAAAGAUGCUCUCAAACCUUGACGAAAAGAUCCUUGAGGAAUCUCUUGUUCCUGUGCCAUACGCCUCAUUCCUCGCUUCUAUUCUUUCCCAGCAAGAUCACCCCAGUCUCGUCAUGCUUGGCCUGCAGGCUACGGAACUACUUCUCAGUCGUCUCGACAGAAUAUACCGUUACCAGCUUUACAGGGAAGGCGUCAUUCUUGAAAUCGAAAAACUCUCCACCCAGGCUCUCGAGGAGUCAGUCGAUGACCCAGCUAAGAAAAGCAAUGGCGACAAUGGCAGAGAAAGCUUACCCACAUCAGAAGACGAUAACGAUGAAGUAGACGAUGAUGAUCAUGCCAAUGAAGAAGGUGAUGACGACGAAGAAGAGGAAAAUGUUCAGAUUGAGCAGGAACAUGGUGAACCCGAGAUCGCCGAGCCCGAGGAUGAAGAGGAUGACGGCCAGGAUAACCAAGAGCAAGGCGAAAACGCAGGCGCUGAAUCUCCUGUUAGCUCCGGCUCGUCCUCUUCCUCUGAACCAACCGCGCCUCCACGCAGAUAUCUUUCGGAUUCUCGAGCUACAAAGAUCCGCAUCUGCCAGGUUGCAAAGAAGUUCCUAGAAUCUCACGAAAAUCAAAAUCACAGCCGCGAUAUGAAGGCAAAGGCGAGCCUUAUUCUGGAAGGCCUUACGAAGCUGGCUGAUGAUCUAGAGGCUUUCUACUUGCGGCGCACAGCGGCUGAUUUGUCGCCAUCUAGUGGAAAGGCUCUGUUUGCUCGACUAGCGGCCCAGUUCGAUACCGAUGUGCUGGAGAGUGUGACAAGUGCAGAGCUUCUUUCAUCCGGCCUUGUACGAUCUUUGGUAGAAGUAUUGAGCAAUCCCGACGAAGAACUGGGUCGUUCGGCGCAAUCGACCUUCUUGGAAGUUUUCAUGGGCAAGAGUAUGAAGUCCAAGCCGAAGACGGCAACGGCUGAGUCUCCAGCGACGCCAUUCAGCAUGAUGAUCCACAAACUUCAAGACUUGCUCAGUAGGUCAGAGCAUUAUGAAGUUGUCACCGUUCAUCACAACACCUUUGACGGAAACCGCACCAGCCCAGCUUCGAUGCUCGGUAAGCAGAUUCGUCUUCGGCUUGUGGCUGACGAUGACUCAAAUAUUCCUCGUCCGUAUAGAAACAUAAUGGUUUCUAUACAUGCGAUUGCCACAUUCAGGUCACUUGAUGAUUAUCUACGCCCACGCAUCAGUCUUUCUGAGCGCCCACGCGUUGCAAGACGCGAUGGACUGACCCAGGCUCUUGCUGCGAUGGCCGGCCUCCCUCUGGGCGGUCCGCCUGGCUCACGCCUUGCUGAUAGCUCUCCGUUCGCUCCUGGCUCAGUACCUCCCCCUCCUCCUCCUUUGGCCGGGAUGCCACCCGGUGCACCACACCUGCGACGCGCGGUCAGCAGCAAGCCACCGCGCCAUCCCACCACCCCUACAAACGCUGACCAAGGCGGGGGGCCUUCACGCUCUGGAAAGAGUCUGAGAAGAUCUUCUCGUCGCCAGGCGCCGACAUCUGAAGCUCAGUCUCCUGCUAACCCUGCCCCCGAUGACGAGGGUGAGCAAAGCAACCUGGAGUGUGCUGACGAAAAGCAAAUCAGCGACGAUGAUGAAGAUCUCGCAGAUGCUAGCGCUCUGGAUGCGAUUGUUGGUGAGCUUGAGGAUAUGGACGAAGAACCAGAUGCUCCUAACCCCGACGACCCCUCCGCUGUUGACUUUGAGGUUGCCAAAACUGGAGGCGUGACCGCUCGCAAGGAAGACGGUACCAAGGUCGCAACCCCGUCGAGCACUGAUAAGCGUCCCACCGAACCGAAGCAAACUCCGGCAACUUCUACGCCAGCUGGUUCAUCGCGACCUAUGUCUUAUUCUUCGGCUCUGCAAUCUGUUCCACAGGACUGGCACAUUGAGUUCUCCUUGGAUGACAAGGUGAUUUCCAACGAGACAACAAUUUAUCGCGCGGUGUUCAUGUCUGCUAGCAAGGCCGAAGAUCAACACAUUAGCCGCAGUAUAUGGUCUGCCACGCAUCCCAUCAAGUUCAAACGAGUUCCUGGUCCCCCGGGGGCCGAAUCUACUGCCGUUACUGCAAACACUGAGACGGAGUCCGAGUCUCCAGAUGGCAUCCCGGCAUCGCUCGCCAAAAACCCUACCACAGCCUCCAUCCUUCGUCUCCUGAACAUUCUGCAUGAACUCAACGAAAACAUUGAGGACGUUUUAGUUGCAACCGACCAGCAGUCUGUUGGUCUCAACGUUGAGCCGCCUUCCCAGUUUGUCAGCACAAAGUUGACAGCCAAGCUCAACCGCCAGCUGGAAGAGCCGCUCAUUGUGGCCAGCAGAUGUUUGCCCAGCUGGUCUGAGGACUUGGCUCGGCUCUACCCAUUCCUCUUUCCGUUUGAGACGCGUCAUCUCUUCCUUCAGUCUACCUCGUUUGGAUAUGCCCGAUCGAUGGCAAGAUGGCAGAAUGCGCAGGCUGAGGACAACCGCCGAGAUCGCCACAAUGAGCGCCCCUUCCUUGGCCGCCUGCAAAGGCAAAAGGUCCGAAUUUCUCGCCUCAAGAUUCUCGAAUCGGCUCUCAAGGUCAUGGAGCUGUAUGGCGCUUCUCAGAGUAUACUCGAGGUCGAAUAUUUUGAAGAAGUCGGUACCGGUCUAGGACCGACCUUGGAAUUCUACUCUACAGUUUCCAAGGAAUUCGCCAAGAAGAAGUUGCGUCUCUGGCGUGACAUUGAUAACACUGGAUCCGACGAAUUUGUGUCUGGUCCAUCUGGACUCUUCCCUCGACCACUAAGUGCGGAAGAAUUGAGUACACCUAACGGAGAACGUGUUUUGCACUUGUUCAAGAUUCUUGGGAAAUUUAUUGCACGCUCCAUGAUUGAUUCGCGCAUCAUUGACAUCCACUUCAACCCAACCUUUUUCCGCAUCGGUGAUGCUGCUGCAGUAGGUGUGAAGCCAUCUUUGGGCGCCGUCAAGGUCGUCGAUCCCGGCCUUGCAAGAUCGUUGAAGGCAAUCAAGAAGUACUCUAUUGCAAAGAAGGAAAUAGACGAGCAUCCGAGCCGAACGCCGGCGCAAAAGGUCGCUGACACCGAAAACAUCUCCAUCGACGGCGUGCGAUUGGAUGAUUUGUGCCUUGACUUUACCCUUCCUGGCUAUCCUGGCAUUGAGCUAGAACCGAACGGGUCACAGAAGCGUGUCACAAUUGACAAUGUCGACGCUUAUCUGGACAAGGUCAUCGACAUGACACUUGGUUCGGGUGUGCGUGUACAAGUCGAAGCAUUCAAAAUCGGCUUCUCACAGGUAUUCCCGUAUGACGCGUUGAGCGCCUUCACUCCUGCCGAGCUGGUCGCGCUCUAUGGCAAAGUGAAUGAAGACUGGUCACUUGAAACCCUCACCGAUUCCAUCAAGGCCGACCACGGCUACAACAUGGAUAGCCGCAGCGUGAAAAAUCUGUUGCAGGUCAUGAGCGAGUUUGACCUGAGCGAGCGCCGCGAAUUCCUUCAGUUCAUUACGGGAAGCCCGAAGCUUCCUAUUGGGGGUUUCCGCAGCCUCACGCCUAUGUUUACUGUCGUCUGCAAACCAAGCGAGCACCCAUAUACUUCGGACGACUACUUGCCGAGUGUAAUGACCUGCGUCAACUAUCUCAAGCUCCCCGACUAUACCGGCCACGAUACCAUGAGAAAACGGCUGCUCACCGCUAUGAAGGAGGGCCAAGGCGCCUUCCACCUUUCCUAA